AUGAAGGUCAUCAUCACCGGAGCCACUGGCUUCAUCGGCGGCGCCAUCGUCCGCGAGUGCUUCGAGAACCCCAAGAUCACCCAGAUCCUCGUCCUCAGCCGGAAGCCACUAGGCGAGGGUAUGCCCAAGGGCGACAAGCUCACGACCAUCAUCCACGAAGACUUUUCCACGUACCCUCCGGAACUGCUGGAGAAGCUGGCCGGAGCCGAAGCAUGUCUAUGGGCAAUCGGCGGCCGAGCCUACCAGUUCCCCAACGUCGAGACGGCGCGCAAGGUGCACGUCGGCUACGUCGUCCCCGCCGCCACGGCCUUCAUGACGGCCCUGGCGCCCAAGCUGCCCGCCGGACAGAAGUUCCGCUUCGUGUUCUGCAGCGGCGCCUUCGCCGAGCAGAAGCAGGACAAGAGCCUGCUGUUUAUGGGCGACACGCGUCGGGUCAAGGGCGAGACCGAAAAGGCGCUCUCCGACCUGGCGGACAGCAACCCGGACAAGCUGGAGGCCUGGUCUGUACGUCCGAGCGGGGUCAUUGCGCGCGAUGCCAACCCCCUGCUCAAGAUUGGAGGCAAGUUGUUCGCGGCCAUCACCGCGGACCAGCUGGCCCGCGCGAUGGUCAAGAUCGCCCUUGAGGGUCACAAGGGUGGGAUUAUUGAGAAUAGCGAGCUGUUGAAGAUGUGA